GGACCGAAGCGGGCCGGCUCAGUCUAGCUGAGGCAGCGGGGGAAGAUGGCGACUGCCGUUCCGCAGCGAUCCUGGACCGUGGAGCAACUGCGCAGCGAGCAGCUACCCAAGAAGGACAUUAUCAAGUUUCUCCAGGACCACGGUUCAGAUUCGUUUCUCGCAGAACACAAGUUAUUGGGAAACAUUAAAAAUGUGGCGAAGACAGCUAACAAGGACCAUUUGGUUACAGCGUAUAAUCAUCUUUUUGAAAGUAAGCGUUUUAAGGGCACUGAAAGUAUAAAUAAAGUGUGUGAGCAGGUGAAAAAUGUGAAGCUAAAUGAAGAUAAACCCAAAGAAACCAAAUCUGAAGAAACUCUGGAUGAGGGCCCACCGAAAUACACAAAAUCUAUUCUUAAAAAAGGAGAUAAAACCAACUUUCCCAAAAAGGGAGAUGUUGUUCAUUGCUGGUAUACAGGAACACUACAAGAUGGAACUGUUUUUGAUACUAAUAUCCAGACAAGUUCAAAGAAGAAGAAAAAUGCCAAGCCUCUAAGUUUUAAAGUUGGAAUAGGCAAAGUUAUCAGAGGAUGGGAUGAAGCACUGUUGACUAUGAGUAAAGGAGAAAAGGCUCGACUAGAAAUUGAACCAGAAUGGGCUUACGGAAAGAAAGGACAACCUGAUGCAAAAAUUCCACCAAAUGCGAAACUCAUUUUUGAAGUGGAAUUAGUGGAUAUUGACUGAAAUUGGAGUGCUUCAGAUCCACAGGUAUAAGCAACAAUAAAGCAAGCCUUGACAAAGUUGAUGUAACUAAUUAGUUGGUUACUAUUUUAAGAAAAACUGGAGAAUUCAAGCAGUUAGAACUUGUUUUCUUGAUCCCCAACUUUUAAGAAAGUCCCUUAAAAAUUCCUUUAGUCUAAAAUAUUUUACUACAGCUAUGUAAAAUGUUGGUUAAGAAAAACUGCUCUUUUACCUCAUGUUGUAAACUACAAGGCUCAAUAAAAAUAUAUCUAAUGUC